AUGGUGCGUUUUAAAAACAGAUAUAUAACUGUUGAAAUUACAUCUCCUUUGAUACCAGAAAAUAAGCCUCUAGCUUUAAAAUCAAAAAUAUUUCAUGACACAGUACUUGAUAAAAUACAACAAUUACAUGGUGACUUUGGAAUAUCAGCUGUUAGAACUGGUUUCCUAACAAAAUAUUGCAAUGAAAAUACUCGAAUAGCAAUUCUAAGAUCAAGACAUGGGCCGCACAAGUUCGUCACUAGUAGUUUACCAUUCAUUACCAAAAUUGGUAAACUGGAUGUAAGUUUACGAACUCUACAUAUUGGAGCAACUUUAAAACACAGUUUCAAAUAUAUUCUUAAACAUCAAAGAAAUUACCUGGAUUCAAUGUGGUCUAAGUUAAAAACAGAUGAAGAAAGAAAAACACUUGAAGCUGCUGUAAUGGAUUUUACUAAGACAGAUGUUUCAAUAAAUAUACAAAAUAUUGCCUAA